GGCCGGGCGGACAACAUCGACGACCUCCUGGCCGACUUCGAGCAGCGGCUUCCAGAUGCGUGGUACGUCGCCGUGGACCUGGAGCUCACGGGUACCGACGUCGAUGGGGAGCCGGACAGCUACUCCGAGCACCCCGAGGAGCGCCUGGACAAGCUCUGCCGCAUCGCGGAGACCUACGCGCCCAUCCAGGUCGGCCUGACCCUCGUGAGCAUCCAGCAGGGGGCGACGUCUUCGAGCACCCCGGUGUACACGGCGGCCUCCUACAAUGUGAUGUCGUUCCCCGCGGCGACCGUGGAGCUCGAGCGGCUGGGAAAUGCCAUCGACGACGUCCCCGCGGCGCUCAAGCUCGUCAGGAGGCACGGCGUGGACUUGAACGCCUGCGUGGAUGACGAGAUGGCGUACAUCAGGAGGUGGGCUGAGGGGCGCGCCGACGGCGACGGCACCACCGGUGGCGGGGAGCCGCCGCUGGCGAAGGCCGACCUCGUGCGCCUGUGGAAG